UAUACAUGUCAAACCUAUUUGUAUACAAAUUAAAGUCCCUAACUCAUAACCCUAACCAUAAUCACUUCUUACAAAAGCCAUAGAAACCUUCUCUUUAGACUUGUAUUACUCUAAACACUCUUAACCUUCCACAGCUCUUUCAGCACACGUCUCUGGAAGCACCCAUCUGAGAAAGAGAAACAACUCAAAGUAAAACCACCUCAAAGCACCAUUUCCUUUGUUAGAAAUCCAGUCCUUUCUUUCCAUGUCUUCAACAAUGGCUAAGCAAAAAAACCAGAAGAAGCCCAGCAAGCAAAUUCAGCAACAAAGCCAGAAACUUGAGUCCCAAAAGGCAGAAAAGCCUCCCUCUUGGGCAGUUGUGAGAGGCUUACUUACUUGCAAAUAUUCUCAAACACAACAGCCAGAAGAACAAAAGCAGCAGCUGCUAAAGCAGCAACAACAGCAGAAGCUGAAGCAAAAGCAAAAACUAAAACAAAAGCAAGAGCAAGCAAUAGAGCAAAAUGCAAAGAAAAACAAGAAAAUGAAGUGUUCUGGCUCUCUGUGUAGCAACACAAAGGUCAUGCACAGGCCUGAAACAGGUUCCCCUGAACUCCACAAGAAAAAGGCUUCAAUGGGAUCAACAUUACCCAGCAAUGAAGCUUCAAACAGAUCAUCCAUGAAAGCUCCACUACAUGAACUCAAUGGAGUUGUUUCAACUUCCUCUUCUUCAUUAUCUGUCUCUUCCAAUUCUUCUGUAGGUGGGUCUUUUAGAGGAAUGCCAUUUAGAAGAUUCUCUGGUUGCUAUGAAUGCAGAAUGGUGGUUGACCCUGUUCUUGGAUUCACAAGAGACCCUUCUCUUAGGAGCAGCAUUUGUACUUGUCCUGAAUGUGGUGAGAUUUUCAUGAAAGCUGAAAAUCUGGAGCUUCAUCAAGCUGUUAGGCAUGCAGUUUCUGAAUUGGGUCCAGAAGAUACAAGCACGAACAUAGUAGAGAUCAUAUUCCAAUCAAGCUGGCUCAAAAAGGAAGCCCCAAUAUGCAAAAUCGACCGAAUACUCAAAGUCCACAAUACCCAGAAAACCAUAUCCAAGUUCGAGGAGUACCGAGAAGCCAUUAAAGCCAAGGCCACCAAGCUCCCAAAGAAACACCCUCGAUGCAUCGCCGACGGGAACGAGCUCCUCCGGUUCCACUGCGCCACCUUCAUGUGCUCCCUCGGCUUAAACGGCUCUUCCAAUCUCUGCAACUCGAUGCCACAAUGCAACGUUUGUAGCAUUAUAAAAAACGGGUUCAAGGUGGCCGGAGCACCCACCGGAGAAGGGCCCGGAAAGGGUAUACUGACGACGGCGACGAGCGGAAAAGCGCACGACCACGUGGGAGAGGAGGCGGGAAACGAAGGGGAGAAGAGGGCAAUGCUGGUUUGCAGGGUGAUCGCCGGGAGAGUGAAGAAGAAUAUGGAGGGGAGUAUGGAGGAGUAUGACUCGGUGGCUGGAGCUGCCGGAGUUUACUCUAAUUUGGAUGAAUUGUAUGUCUUUAAUCCCAAGGCUAUUUUGCCUUGUUUUGUUGUAAUCUACACUGGCUUUUAGUGUUCUUUUUCUUUUUUAAAUAAUUGUGUAAACACUUAUUAGUAAGUGUAAGAAUUUAUGGUUUUAUUAAUCUAAUCUACUAAGUGUUUUAUUUUUAA